UCUUUUGUGUGGCCUGGGGCUAUAACUGGAGCUGCAGAGCAGGAUUGGAGGGACUGAGCAUAUAAGCACUGCAUCUCUGCCCUGGGAGAAGUUAAUUCAUUGCUGCGUCUGCUGCCACUGUUAUCAUCAUCAUGACUCUCCAGGCUGAUUUCGACAGUGCUGCAGAAGAUGUAAAAAAAUUAAAAACGAGGCCAAGCGAUGAUGAGCUGAAGGAACUAUAUGGACUCUACAAACAGUCUACUGUUGGAGACAUUGAUACUGAGUGUCCAGGAAUGCUAGAUCUGAAAGCCAAAGCCAAAUGGGAAGCAUGGAACCUUAAAAAAGGUUUAUCAAAGGAGGACGCCAUGACUGCCUAUAUUUCUAAAGCAAGAGAGAUGAUAGAAAAAUAUGGGAUCUAAAAUAUUCCACAAUAAUUCCCAUAAAUAAUUCAUUAACUUUUCAGUAGCUAAUGAACUAACUCUUUUGAGGAAAAAAAUGCAAAACUAACAUUUUCGUGUUUAGUUUGACACUAAGAUUUACCAACGUGAGUUAAUUACCUACAAGGGAGU